AUGGCGUCCCAAGCCUCCUUGGCGGUCCGCUUGUUGGACACUCAGACAAGGAGAAAUCAAGGCGCCAUUCAUCACGAGACCGGGUUGACUACUACAAUUCGCAUUCAUCUGGUGAAAAAGAUCGGCACAGGCACCAUUGAUCAAGAAUGUGAAAAAUAUUAUGAAUCUGACGAUCAAAUUGAGACUGCCAAGAUGGAUAAGCUCAGUGGUUCUGCACGUCUUAUGAUUGUUUCAGAUCUUGACCAUACAAUGGUUGAUCAUCAUGACGAGGAGAACUUGUCCUUGCUUAGGUUUGGUGCCCUGUGGGAAUCUGUUUACUGCGAGGAUUCUCUACUUGUCUUCUCGACUGGAAGAUCACCAACUCUUUACAAGGAAUUGAGGAAAGAGAAGCCUAUGCUAACUCCAGACAUCACUAUCAUGUCUGUUGGCACUGAGAUAACAUAUGGGGAGGCAAUGGUUCCUGAUGAUGGCUGGGAAGAAUAUCUGAACAAUAAGUGGGACAGAAAUAUUGUUGUAGAAGAAACUGCAAGCUUUUCUGAGCUGAAGCUUCAGCCAGAGACAGAACAGCGCUCGCACAAGGUCAGCUUUUUUGUUGAUAAGAAGAAUGCCCAGGAAGUGAUAAAAUCUGUUGCUGAGAGGUUGGACAAACGUGGGCUAGAUGCCAAAAUAAUAUAUAGUGGUGGCCAGGACCUUGAUAUAUUACCUCAAGGAGCUGGAAAGGGCCAAGCACUUGCAUAUUUGCUUAAAAAGCUAAGCUCAUGUGGAAAACCACCCAACAAUACUCUUGUUUGUGGCGACUCUGGUAAUGAUGCAGAGUUGUUCAGCAUCCCUGGUGUACAUGGUGUCAUGGUCAGCAAUGCCCAAGAGGAACUACUUCAGUGGUACACGGAAAAUGCAAAGGAUAACCCGAAGAUAAUUCAUGCAAAUGAGAGAUGCGCAGCUGGUAUUAUACAAGCUAUUGGUCACUUCAAGCUAGGACCUAACAUUUCUCCUAGAGACGUGGAGUUCCCUUAUGCAAAGGAAGCCUCUUUCAAACCUACAGAUUCUGUAGUAAAGAUCUAUGUUCUCUAUGAGAAGUGGCGCAGGGCUGAGGUUCCAAAGUCUGAUUCAGUUAUAAAGUACUUCAAAAACAUCACUCAUGCAAAUGGAAUUAUCAUCCAUCCUGCUGGGCUUGAACUCUCACUCCAUGCAUCCAUUGAUGCAUUGGGAUCAUGUUAUGGUGACAAACAAGGGAAAAAGUACCGAGCAUGGGUGGACAGACUUUUUAUCACACAGACUGGUUCAGAUAGUUGGGUGGUGAGAUUUGACUUGUGGGAAUCAGAAGGUGAUGUGCGUGUGUGCUCUCUGUCAAGUCUUGCUUUGGUUCUAAAGGCUGAAUCCCCAGAGGGCUUUGUGCUAACCCACAUCCAAAAGACAUGGCUGAACGGAUACUCUUCAGGGGUUGAGCAGGCGUCUAAGCUGUAG